CCUUCGCGCGCUACUACCGGGGACCCGUGCCCCACUUUCCCCCACCGUGAGCGCACCGUUAACCGUUUCAGUGUGAUGCGUAAUUUACCGAUCUAUAUUAUCACAGGACGAUCUCUUCCGCAAGCUAGUGUGAUUUAACGGUUUUAUCGCUGUUUUUACAUUUGCUCAGCGGGCGUGAGGAGGAUGACAUGUGUAGUGUGUAUGUGUGUGUGUGGGGAUGAUCUUCAUGUGGCGGUCGGGUAGUUGGAGAGUCCCGUUGUGUGUGUGAAGUAGCCUGCGCCAACAGCUGCGUUCAACCGUGUGUUCGGUUCUCUCGUGAAGGACAGACGCAGGUCACUGCCGUUCUAAUCGCCAGCAGCGGGUUCGGUGUUCCUGGACCAGACACACACUCUUUUUUGUUGUUGUCCUGCGAUGAGAUGUUGACCCCAUGACCCCACGGUCUCCAUAGUUACGUCUCUGCUCUGAUCUCCCAUGAUGCUCCAGUGUGCGUGGUGAGGGUGCAGUGCAUUGUGGGAGAUGAGUUCCGAGGAGAAGAGCGGCAGCAUGUCCCAGAAGAUCUCAUCACCAUCGCUUAGCAACAGUAGCUCCUCCUCCAAACAUGACAGCCGGCAGGACAGCUGGGAGAUUGUGGACGGUGUGCGGGGGGUGGAGAGUGCAGGCUCUGUGCAGGAGCCCCCCAGACAGGAGGGGUACAUGCUGAAGAAGAGGAAAUGGCCCAUGAAGGGGUGGCACAAGAGGUACUUCCUCCUGGAUAAGGGAAUUCUGAAAUACAGCAAAUGUGCUGCAGAUAUGGAGAAGGGGAAGUUGCACGGCUGCAUUGAUGUGGGCUUGUCAGUGAUGGCCAUUAAGAAGAAAGCCAAGUGCAUUGAUCUGGACGCAGAAGAAAAUAUUUACCACUUAAAGGUGAAGUCCCAGGAGCAGUUUGAGGAGUGGGUGUCACAGCUGAGGCAGCAUCGUCUGUUCCGGCAGAAUGAGAUCGUGUUGUCACCGCUGCAGAAAGCACACUCACACUACCCCCCCACACCCACACACAAGCGCACACACACACACACACACACACCCUCACACACACCCUCGUCCCCCACCUCAAACACACACACCACCAGCACUAAGCGGGCUAGUCUUCCUCGCCAGUCCUCCCUCUCUGCAGGCUGCAGCAGUCAGGCCAAAGUAGCAGCCUGGCUACAGACCUCUGAGGACAUGGACCGCUGCUCCAACGAGUUGUGUGUGUGUGAGACCCAGCUGGCUGAUCUGAGUAAUCUGCUCCAGAGUAUGGAAGUGCUACACAGGACCUACUCAGCCCCCGCCAUCAACGCCCUGCAGGCCUCCACGUACGACAGCCCAAAGAAGGAGAAGAGAUCAGCCAGGAAGUGGAGAACCAAGAACUACAAAGAGUCAAAAAGCACCCUACAGGUGCCCAGCUGUAUCUCGUCGGUGCGUCUGCACUCGUCCAAUCCCAACCUGUCGUCGGUGGAUCUGACCAAUGAGAAGGCGUACGCAUACGCUGAGCCACUGGACACACACCAUGAUGUGGCCCGACUGCAGGAGGAGUUCUGCCGUAUCGCCAGCAGCUUGCACAGCAGCAUGUCUCUGGCUGUAGGGCUGCUGAAGAGUGAGAAGGAGCGACUGCAGCAGAUUGUGGAACAGGAGCCGCCAAGCCACGCCCCCAACGCCCAGCUGCUGGGACUCAAGAGCGCACUCACAGCGGCGUUGGUUCAGAACUCUGAGCUGCGUGAGCGUCUAAGUCGGAUUCAUGCUGAAUCGCGUCUAUCUGAGUCCUCCGUGGUCACACACACGGCCGGCACACAGCAGGAGCAGGGCUGUGCGGAACUCUCCAGGCCGCUGGUGCAGCAGCUCUCCAGCGACAGCCGCGCAGACUCACUCACCGAGUUCUACGACGCGCACGAGGUUCUGCUCUCAGCUAGCUCCUCAGAGAACGAGGGUUCGGAAGAUGACUCGUACAUCAGUGACAUCAGUGAUAACAUGUCUCUGGACUUUAGCACCGUAGCAGAAGGGGAACCACACAGAACCGGCGGUGGUGGUGAGAGUGGCGCCCCCCUGUGGCCGGUGAGGAGAGUGCAGCUGCCAGCCUCCAGCCCCAGCACCAGCAGCGUCAGCCUCUGGAACAUCCUCAAGAACAACAUCGGGAAGGACCUGUCCAAGGUGGCCAUGCCGGUCCAACUGAACGAGCCGCUCAACACGCUGCAGCAUCUGUGUGAAGAACUGGAGUACAGCGAGAUGCUGGACCGCGCCGCACACACACACGACCCCUACCUACGCAUGGUGUACGUGGCGGCGUUUGCGGUGUCAGGCUACGCGUCGAGCUACUUCCGUGCGGGGGGGAAGCCCUUUAACCCUGUGCUGGGGGAGAGCUACGAGUGUCAACGCCCAGACAAGGGCUUCAACUUCGUGGCUGAGCAGGUUAGUCAUCACCCCCCUGUCUCAGCAUGCCAUGCCGAGUCCAAAAACUUCACCUUCUGGCAAGACAUGCGUUGGAGGAACAAGUUCUGGGGGAAGUCCAUGGAGAUAGUUCCUGUAGGAACCACCCACGUAGUACUACCAGGGUUUGGGGAUCACUAUGAGUGGACGAAGGUGACGUCGUGCAUCCACAACAUCCUGAGUGGGCAGCGCUGGAUAGAACACUACGGGGAGAUCACCAUCAGGAACACCAGCAGCGACCUCUGCACCUGCAAAAUCACCUUCCUCAAGGCUAAGUACUGGAACUCGAGUGUGAACGAGGUGCAGGGGGCGGUGCUGGACCAGAGGGGGAAGGCGCUGCACUCUCUGUUUGGGAAAUGGCACGAAGCACUCUACUGCGGAGACCCUCCACCCGCCACCUCCGCCACAUGCAUCUGGAGAGCCAACCCCAUGCCUGCGGAGCAUGAGCUGUACUACGGCUUCACUAAGUUUGCCAUCGAGCUGAAUGAGCUGACCCCCAACAUGAAGCCUCUACUGCCCCCUACUGACACACGGCUGCGCCUGGACCAGAGGCUGCUGGAGGAAGGUGAAGUUGAGGCAGCAGAGGAGCAGAAGCAGCGGAUUGAACAGCUACAGAGAGAACGCCGUCACGUCCUGGAGGAGAACCACCUCACACACACACCCCGCUUCUUCCAGAAGUCUAAGGACGACACCUGGGUCAGUAACGGCACAUACUGGGAGCUGCGCAGAGAUCCCGGCUUCAGUGGCCUGGACUGCCCCGUGCUCUGGUGACCUUUGACCUCUGGACUGCCCCGUGCUCUGGUGACCUUUGACCUCUGGACUGCCCCGUGCUCUGGUGAACUUUGACCUCUGGACUGCCCCCGGCUACAGCCAUCUGCCUGGAGACCCCUAGCCUAUGACUCCAGUGACAUCACAAGCCUGCUGUGCUCUCCAUACACACACACACACACACACACACACACACACACGGCAGGACUGUAUGGACCUCUGGACUGAAACAGCCCAAAUAGGACCAGUCUGUGUGCUGUCCAACCAGUGAUCUGUUCAACACACACACACACACACACACACACACACUCACUUCAUACUGUAAACAUGCACACAUACACACACACACACACACACACCUUCUCUGAGUGAGUGUUAGUAAAUAUCAUCAUCAUCUAAAGACUGAGUGAAACACAGUCAGCUUCAUCACCAUCAUCGUCAUCCUCACCAGCCUCAUGUGUUCCCUCUAGGAGACCCCUAGCCUAUAGGGAAGCUACAAGGGCCUCAUAACUCUGCUGCAACUACUGUAGCUCACACACACACACACACACACACUCCUGGUCUCCAUCACUGAUGGACCAGCUCACACACACACACACUCCUGGUCACCACCAGCUCACACACACACACACACACACUCUUUGCCUUGAUCACUACAAACAUACCCCCGAUCUCCAUCACUGUUAGUUCACUCACUCACUCACUCACUCACUCACUCACUCUGAUCCAUUCACACACACAUUCACACACACACACACAGUUAGAUCCACUUACACUAUACACAAACACACACACACAUUCUGUUUGACCGGCUCAGACACACACACACACACACACACACAUUCUGUUUGACCGGCUCAGACACACACACACACACACACACACACACACACACACACACACACACACACACACACACACACACACACACACACACACACACACACACACAUUCUGUUUGACCGGCUCAGACACACACACACACACACACAUUCUGUUUGACCGGCUCAGACACACACACACACACACACACAUUCUGUUU